AGACAUGGUUGACUGUGUUGCAUGCCCUGAAGAUCAUUAUCCAAACAGGGACCAAUCGCAAUGCAUUCCAAAGACCAUCAUCUUCCUGACUUUUAAAGAGCCUCUGGGGAUGAGUUUAGCACUGUUUGCUCUUUCUCUCUCUCUCCUCACAGUGGUGGUCCUAGUCAUCUUCAUUAAACAUCAGGACACACCCAUUGUCAGAGCAAACAACCGGGACCUCACCUACACACUCCUCACUUUCCUCCUGCUCUGCUUUCUCUGCCCAUUGAUCUUCCUCAGCCCUCCAGAAAGAGUGAGCUGCCUGCUCCGACAAAUGGCUUUUGGCCUUGUUUUCACAGUGACCGUUUCUUGUGUGCUGGCCAAAACUAUCACGGUGGUUCUGGCCUUUGUGGCCACCAAACCAGGAUCCAGAAUGAGGAAGUGGGUGGGGAAAAGACUGGCAAGCUCCAUUGUGAUUUCUUGUUCCCUUAUCCAAGUGGGCAUUUGCACUGUGUGGUUAGGAACCUCUCCUCCAUCCCCUGAUUCUGACAUGCACUCGGCGAUGAGGGAAAUCAUUUUAGGCUGUAACGAAGGGUCAGUUGCCCUGUUUUACUGUGUCCUGGGCUACAUGGGCUUUUUGGCCAUUAUCAGCUUUGUUGUGGCCUUUUUAGCCAGGAAACUGCCUGACAGCUUUAAUGAGGCCAAAUUCAUCACCUUCAGCAUGUUGUUGUUCUGUAGUGUUUGGAUCUCCUUUCUUCCGGUCUACCUGAGCACCAAGGGGAAAUACAUGGUGGCUGUGGAGAUCUUCUCCAUCUUAGCCUCCAGUGCUGGCUUACUGGGUUCAAUCUUUGUCCCCAAAUGUUACAUCAUUGUGCUGAGGCCUGAUUUGAACUGUAGGGAGAAGUUAAUAAAGAAGAAAUAA